AAAAUCAGAAAGAUUUGUGUCGGUGAGUUUGGAUUUUGUCUUUUAAAUUUUUUCAGAGCUCAAUUGCUUUCUCUCUUAUCAACAUACGUGUAAGCUCGCCCUGUUGACAACCUCAUUGCCCAUCUAGCAUGUAAGACUAAGCCCCCACCCCUUGUUCUUCUUCUUCUUCAUCUUCUUCUUCAUCAUCUUCUUCUUCCACAACCCCAAAAAACUCUAAACAAACUCAGAGACACCAGACAGACCCAGCUCUUUCUUUCUCUCUCUCUCUCUGUUUUUUACUAUUUGCACAGAUCAAGGCGUUUUUUUUUUUUUCUAUACCCAAUUUUUCUUUCUAGGGUUUUUUUGCGUGUGGUACUAUGGUUUUUUGAAGGGAAAGUGACGGAAUCUAGAGAGAAUUAGGGAAGAGGAAAAAUAUGGAGGGUGGAGCGGAGGUCGCGAGUUCGAGGAAGAGGACGAUGGAGCGGCCGUACAAGGGGAUAAGGAUGAGAAAGUGGGGAAAGUGGGUGGCUGAGAUUCGGGAGCCGAAUAAACGAUCAAGGAUUUGGCUCGGCUCAUAUUCAACCCCUGUCGCGGCGGCUCGGGCGUAUGACACGGCCGUCUUCUACCUUAGGGGACCCACCGCCAGGCUCAACUUCCCAGAGCUCCUCACGGGGGAGAAAGUCAGCGGAGGAGGCAUCGGCGGGGGAUCUGGCUCAGGCUCGUUAGGCGGCGAUAUGUCAGCCGCUUCCAUAAGGAAAAAAGCCACCGAGGUCGGCGCGCAAGUCGACGCGCUGGAAACUGCUCUCCAUCACCACCGUAACCUUAAUCACAGCCACGAUUACGCCGGCGAUGGCCGAGAUCAUAAUCACAGCCGGGAAGGUGAAAAUAGGUCAGUGGAUGGCAAGAGCACUUGCCGCGGGUUAUUGGAGCGGGUUGACUUGAAUAAGAUACCAGACCCAGAUAGUUCGGAUGGCGAGUGAUUAUUAAUUAGCGAAGGCAUGGAAUUAGAGACAAAGUGCAAGAAUUGUCUCUUGAUUUUUACCUUUUAGUGUCAUGGAAUCUUUUAUUUCUCUUCUUCUUCUUCUUCUUCUUCUUCUUCUCCUUUGCCCUUUUUGGUAGUUUUCUUUUCCCUCUUUAAUAUAUAACUUUGGGCUUUGAUGGAAAAAUUUUGGGGUUGUAAAAAAAAAAAAAAAAAAAAGGGGUUAAAUUGUAUAUUAUUAGCUUAAUUUGGUUCUUAUUAUCUUCUAAUUCUAUCAUUAAUGGGACACUGAUGUUAUUGA